AAUGAGGUUAUGCGGUGCUGCUAUUUCUGUCGUGUUACUUUAAGCUCAUGGGUGGCUUUUGGUGAAGAGUUGACCUCACCAUGACCUUGUGUGAGAAUAGACUUGGCCUUUCUUAGUUAGUAAUUUGGAAAGAGGAGCAAUAUUAGAAGGAAACAUUUAAUAACGGUAUGAUUGCUGGGCGCAGCAGGAGCUGAUACGGAAUGAGGGUGAAACAUCUUGCCGGCCUAGCCGUGUUGGCUCUGGGUAUCCUUGUGUACACUUCCUAUCGCCAAACGCAUCACCUAUCAUAUACCCUUCAUAGAGAGAAAGUAGCCAGCUCGUCCGGAUUAGGACGCAGCGUUGACUGGCACGCGGUAUGGACGGCCGCAAAGGCGUCUGCCAAUGAGCGGGAAUUUGUGUCUGCCAUAUCCCUGGUGGAUGCUGGCAAGGCAACACUUAGCGGUCAGCGGUCAUGCCCGCCGCAGCGGGAUUGCCCUGCCUGCCCCGCACUGCCACAUGCAGCGGCAGCGGCAGGCGUCACGGCCGGUACCACUACCGCCGGCGGGUCGGGCGCGACUCAACAGCAGCAACAGGAGGUGGCGGCCUCUCCUGCGGUGAACGCCUCUGCUGUCGUGCCCGGCGGAGGUAGCAGCAGCAGCAAGAGCGCAGCAGGGGGUGGCAGCAGCGGCAGCGAGUGGAUGAGGUUUGUGGUGGACGGGCAGGCGCCGCCCAUCAGCAAGCCGCUUGCGCUGAGCGUUGCACGAGAUAACGCCGUCAUCGUGACGUGGGCGAACUACGCGUUGUGGGACUUCGUGAAGACGUGGGUCUACCACGCCAGGGAAGUGGGCCUGCGUAACUUCCUGGUGGGGGCCAUGGACGCGCAGAUCGGUCGCGAGAUGGUGGCGGCGGGGGUGCCCUGCUUCGCCAUGUUCCAGAGCGGCUCCAACCACUCGGGGGUGGGCAGCGACCACCUGCAGUGGGGCGGGGAGGCCUUCCACAAGAUGGGCCGCCAGAAGAUCACCCUGGCCCAGCUGUUUCUGGGACUAGGACUGGACCUGCUGCUGGUGGACGCGGACGUGAUUCUGCUGGGCGACGUGAUGGAGUACUUUGGGCGCUAUCCGCAGGCUGACAUCCUGGUCACCUCGGACCAGCUGGCGUCCACCCUGGAGCCGGGGGACGAGGGGCUGGAGCUGCCGGACCGGGCGCAGAGCCCCAUGAACAUCGGACUCAUGUACUUCAGGUACUCCGAGCGCACCGUGGGGUUCGUGGACUCCUGGCUGGCUGCCAUCAACGCGGACCCUCAGUACUGGGACCAGAACGCCUUCAACGACCUGGCACGAAAGGGCUGGGACCCCGUCACCAAGGUCCACCCGCAGCAGAAGCGCGUGUUCCUGGGUGCCAACGGCACGCUGGCGGUGGGGGUGCUGCCCGUGGCGGCCUUCUCGGGCGGACAUACCUUCUACGUGCAGCGGCUGUAUGAGGUUCAGCGCGUGAAGCCGUACGCCGUACACUGCACCUUCCAGUACGGCGCCAACGCGGGCAAGCGCAACCGGCUGCGGGAGGCGAUGCUCUUCCACGACCCCCCAGAGUACUACACGGGCGACUCCUACGUGAGUGUGGAGCUGCGCCGCGUCCCCUCCGCCACCUGGUCGCAGCACAGCGCCCGCAACAACACCGCCAUGAAGCGCUACCACUUCCGGGGGCUGGACAUGCAGCUGGAGGCGGUGUGGCCCGCCAUCCGAGUGGCCGCCGUCACCAACCGCUCGCUCAUCGUGCCGCCGCUCGCCUGCUACUGCGACAAGUACUGGACGGAGCUGGAGCAGUGCCGCGUGCCGGGCGCCUUCCAGACCCGCAUCCCCUUCCUGUGCCCCAUGGACCACGUGCUGGACCCCAUCUUCAUGAACGACCCCGCCAGCGAGUACCAGGUGCGGUGGCGCGAGCACUCCUUCCUGGCCAACCCCCGCUGCCCCAACUGGGUGAAGCGCUCCUGGGUCACCUUCUACAGCAGCGCGAGUGUGUCCAAGCCGGUUGAGAAGUGGGUGGUGCAGGAGGGUGGGCUGGUGGUGCUGCUGCCCGUCAACCUCACGGAGGGGGCCAUACGGGAGAUGCUGGCGCCCUACUCCGCGUACAAGAUCUGGCACCUGAAGAAUGCGGAGAGCUUCUUUGGAGGCUUCGACAACAAAAAGCUAGGGGAGGAGGUGCAGAAGCGGAUCGAGCACCUGCGGCCUAUCAUGCCGCCCGACCCGGCGCCCCCGCCUCCGCCCGCAUCCAAUGUGACCACCCCGGCCGGCAACACCACAGCAACUGACAAGGCAACCGACACCUCCAACCAGCAACAACAGCAGCAGCAGCAGUCAGCAGGCGGGACGGAGAAGGAUACGAGCUCAGGCAUGUUGACAGCGGUGCACGAGCGGCGGUGACACGGCCCAAGGGGAACAACGGCAGGGGGGGCCGAGUCGAGGUCUUCUGACGUAUCGCUGACGAGACGCUUGGAGUACACGAGGAUAGAAGGAUAGCAUUCUUCCCUUGACUAGACGUUCCUAGUCUGCAGGAACGUGUUGAUUACGGUAGUAGGCGAUGAGGAAUAGAAGAACGCGGCUAUUCCGAACUACAGCCCAAACUGCGCAUACAGUGAAGCACGCGCACGGUAACGUAUGCGGCUAUGCGGGCAGCCAGCAUUCGGGAAGGCUGCUAUCCUUGUUGGGCGCGCGAGCUGUUGGGGGGAUGCUCCUAUUAGGAGUUAGGGCCCGCCUGCUGUCUGCAUGUCGUAUACGGUGUAUGUGUACCGUACUUGGAGCGUUGUGCUCGUACGAACAUGGGAUAUGCGUGACCUGGGCGGAACUGGGCCCAACAGUUGCGUCUUUUAUGCUCGUUAAACGUUAUGGACUUAUGGUGCGUGCGUGCAGCCGUAUCGGUAGUGCUCAAAUGCGGAUGUGGUUACAGUGGGAGUACUAAGCACGACAUGGGUAGUGGUCGUGCUACCCACGUGUAAACACGAUACGCUGCGUUGUUUUGUUGGUUUCAGCAAUGUUAGGUGCGACCAUGGCGUGCCCACUGCGUUGGUACACAAGCGUGCAAACCGACCCAGUAUUGCUAAACCAAUCAACAGAUGUGGGUUCCUACGUUCGGACACGUCAGUCGACUUCCAAUGGGCUUCCGGAACCCUUCCCAUGUCGUAAAAGGGUCUGAUGAGGUCUGAGCACGGGCUGAACCCUGCUGAGCAUGCUUUGUCGCACAACACAUGCUUGAGGCUGCAAAAGCAAAGCAAAAAAUAGAGAGCCCGUGUUGCUUGGACCUCUUUAUACAUGGAUGCAACUGCACGACAAGAUGUGCAGGGCUGCGGCGGAUUGCGCCGAGUCUGAUGCGUGCCAACAUGGCGGCCAUCCGAGUGUCAAACAAUGUGCCCCCAACAACGUUUAUGACGCAUUGGGCCAAAACCAACUCCCAUGUCACGUCACCCUGGAGUGUGCUCUCAAGCACCCCCAAGCC